AUGGACACUUCAGCGUCAGGUUCUCCCGACUCUUCCGCCCCUCCGCCCGUUGCGCGGCUCCCAGCAGCCCGUCGGUACCUCCGCCGCAUGCGCCCCGCCGACAAACAGCGCCAAUCGCAGCAGGAGCAGCAGCGGGGCAAGAGUUCAGCACAAACUGUAACCUCCGCAGACGCAAACCCUUCCCCGUUCGCCGCCGCCGCAGCCGCCGGCGCAGCGGAGAACGUGGGGCGUGGCGGCGCGCAGCAAGAGCGGCACGAGGGGCAAGAGGGACGAGAGGGGCAGGAGUGGCAAGAGGGGCAAGAGGGGCAAAGGCGCGAGAAGGACGAGGAGUCUUUUGUAGGGGAGGAUGCGAUUACAAAUAACUCGGUAGAAGGAAACUCGAUAGAUGAUGGAGAGAGCGACGAGAGUGAGGAGAGUGAGGAGAGCGAGGGGGGUGACGAGGGGGAGGAGGACGAUACUGGGAGCGAGUCGUCGUCUGCGCCCCAAAGAGCCCCUUCCCCCUCCCCUCCCCCGAAUCUCAAUCCCCUCGCGCUGCUCGCGCUCUCCCACGCGCCCUUCCCCUCCGCCUCUUCGGUCACCAGCACCACCGCCACCACCUUUUCAGGCGGGACCAGCCCCACGCUCUCCUCCGCCGCCGCUGCCUCCUCCCGUUCCGCCGUCUCCCCGCCCGCCUCCCCCUCCGCGCCCUCCGCUUUCCCAAAUUUCUCUUUCGCUCCGCCCCAAGCCGCGCACCCGAUUCCCCACCCGCGCCCGCCGUCGUCCGCCGUCGUCAACAUGGCUUCGCUGACGGCUUCGCAGAAGUUCGCGAAGCUGCUCCAGCAGCUCGCGAAGCAGUCGGCGGAGCUGUCGGAGCUGCGCGGGGAGCUGGCGGACGCCAAGGGGGAAGUGGCGGAGAUGCAGGCGGUACUGGCGAAGGCGGGCCUGGAUUUCGUGCGCGAGCGCAUGGAGAAGGAGCGCCUCGGGCAAGCCUGCGCGAAACUUAACAACGCGCUGCUCUCCUCGCGCCGCGAGACCGCGGACGAGCGCGAACGGCGCGAGCUAGCGGAGCGGUUAGCUGUGGCCGCGGAGCUUGUGCGGAGGCAGCUGCUGGAGGAGAUCACGCUGGAGCGCGCGCAGCUCGCGCGCGCGGACAACUGGCGCGAGCAUAACGUGCAUUUAAAGCUUGUCGAGGCGCAGAUGGUAGUUUCGGAAAAGGUGGCGAUGUUAGAAGUGCUGCACGCGGAACUGGAGAAGAAGUUCCGCCAGGUGGGCGCGGGGAGGCUGUGGCGCGGGGAGGAGGAGCGCCCGUUCGGCUGGUUUUUGAAGUUUCUCAAGCAGCCCGAAGGCAAGGCGUGGGCAGUUGAGGGGCUGGGGGGGGAAGGAGAGGAGGGCGGCGGGGCGGGGGAAAAGGGGAAGGGGAAGGCGGAGGAGGGCGCUGCUGGUGCGGGUGCUGAUGAGGGUGAUGCCAUGGAUGGUGCUAGUUCUUCUAACGGAGCUGCUUCAAACGAGGCUGAUACUCAGGAAGGUGAACGUAGGGGUGACAAUAACAGUGCAAGAGACAGUACCGAGAGUGACUCUGACGAGUAUGAAAAUGACAGGGCUGGCGGUAGCUCUGACUCGCUCACCGAGGCUGUCCCGCUGGUCGGGGGAGGCGGAGACGAGCUUCGGAUUCCGAAGCUGCGGGACAGGUCCGGGAACGCGGGCGGAAGCAGCAGUUCGCGGAUUCCAGGGCGGGGGGGAGGCAGCAGGUGCAGGUGGCGCGGCGAUCGGCUGUUGGAUGCGGACGAGCCCAUGUUGCUGCAAGGGGGAUACCACGGCUGUAGCGCGUGCGGCCAUGGCAGGCCGUCGGCUGUAGCGGCUGCAGCAGCACGCAUGAGUAGUUUCUGUAGCAGCUGUGGCGGAAGGGGCACUGGGAAUAAUAGGACUAGCGGGGUGGGUGCUAGUGUGAGCAGCAGUGUUGGGUCAUUAGGUUUAGAUGGGUGGCUUGAUUUGUCUGCACUUGCAUCUGUUUGCUCCCCCGAGUGGUUUGCUACAGCAGCAGCAGUCACUGUAGCGUCAGUGAACAGUGUUUGCGUGGUCGGAAUGGCAGAGCAGCCGAAGCAAGGCCCUGUGGCUGCAUGCACCGCGGCAGGCUCGGCCCGAGGCAAGGCAACAGGUCUGGAGGGCCUUCCCUUAGCACGAGAGACGGUGGGAUUGAUGAAAGGUUCGGAGAGCGGGGCAAGGGCAAGGCGUCGGCUUUGUUGCCUCCCAAGCCCCAACGGGCAGGCAGGGGAGCAGAGGCAGGAAGUGGAGGAGGGAGAGGUUGUGGAGGAGGGGAGUACUGCCAGUGCUGUGGGCGUUGCUGUCGGUGCCCGAUUGGAAAUGGAGGUCGCUAGCCGCACCACCAUGGACAGCAGUGUGAAAGGAUGA